CCAGAUAAGGCGAAAAAAGAUGUUAGCAAAAGGAAAAUAUUCUCGCUAGGUAUCAAAGCCCUUGCUUCCCCUGAGCUGACAGAUUGAUGGCAAGAUAGAAGAUCCAAUCGAAAUACUACCUUUGAUUUAAAAUUUAAAUAAAAACAAUGUUUGCAAAAGAAAAGUGGCAAUAGUAUUAAACAAAAGAAGCAGCUGAUAUAAUUGUUUACAUUUCUUUACAAUAAUAUUUGAAUAGGUUUCAACUGCAUUUAAGUGAAAACAAUUAUCAGAAAGCAAUAGCAGCACGUUUUCCUGGAGAGAAAAGGUAUCCGUUGGUAGCAUUUGCAAGAAAAAUUCAAAGAAUAGUAAAAGAAUUCAAAUGGCAAGCGAAAAGCAAGAAAUACUUCAAGAUGUUCUUGGCAUUGCAAUAGAUAUUUCAAACUUGGUGCUCAACUUUUCCCUUGCAUAUGCUUUGAAGAAGCUCAACAAACUAAGAAUCGUAUCUUAUUUGUUCAUUUUCUGGUUGAGUGUAUCAGAUUUCCUUGUUGGUGCGACUGGAUUACUUUAUCAUAUUGGAUGCCUUUUACAGAUUAACAGCAAGAUUGUUUUUCUUCUUCAUGGACCAGUGGUGCUUUUUUUGCAUUGUUCUGGUCUUCUCACAAUCACAAUCGCAAUAGACCGAUGCAUUCAUAUGAAGUUACUUAACAGAUACGGCUGUUUCAUGACAAUUCGAAAGAGCCACGUGAUUCUUGUUUUGAAUCCAAUUAAUGCAGCUGCCUCGCUUGUUUUCAGACACUUCUUCAAAAAAAUAUAUUUUUCAAUCUUCUUAAUUUUUUUUCUCUUUUUAUGCAUCAUAUACAUCUUGACGUAUUUUUCUAUAAAAGAAAAUAUCAAAAAUAUCAGAGUUCAUUCUGGCCCUAAGAACACCGUUGCUGACUUCUCUUCACAAAAUGAACAUCGCUGUGCCGACCUUGUAAAUGAUCAAAAAAAUCAAAUCAACAUUGGAAAUAUCACGUGCACCAACAACGUCAAUCAGGUGAAUACAACAGGCAUCAGAGAAGCAUGUUUUGGAGGGCAAGAAGAGAAGCAGCAUAGAACUGUAGAAAGAAGAGAAAUGUCACCAAACAACUGCCAUAGGUUUGUAGUGAAGAAAAGUGGUGCAGGUGAAGAUUACCAUUUAAGCAAAAAUCGUGAUGCUCAAAAAGUCGCUUCUUCUAGAAAAAGAGGUAAAAGACCGGAAAAUGAAUUUGGGAAAGCAAUGAUCUUUAUUCUAACUGUUUACGCUGUUUCCUUCGUGCCAGUUAACAUAAUUCUUUUGAUUAAUAUCUUGUCUCCAAACCUGGUAGCCUUUUCAUACAUAAAAUACAUUCGUUUGCUUCCAAACUGUAACUCAUCUUUUAAUGCUGUGAUUUUCAUAUACUUUAGCAGCGAGUUAAAAUGCUAUUUUCAAACUCUUUUAUUUCAAAGGCGAUGAAGCACUAUUAGACUGGCAUUUUUGUUCCGAGAUAUGACAUAUCAUUCUACCUGUCCUUCCUAUCCACAAUUGUCCUAACCUUCCGUUACCUCUCAUUAACUAUCCUGAACAUUUUCAUUCAUCACCCAAGUCACUCCCAAAAUUAUUAAGCAAAGGAGAGGGAGAUAAAGGUAAAUGAACCAGAUGACCAGUGUACUUUAACUACUAGUCUCCAAAGUUUCUCUAAAGUUAACGAGAGGAAAAGAAAACAUCAGAUUAUUUACAUGUUAGAUGAAUGGGCUGGAGUUGAUGAAUAUUUAUUUUACUGUUCUGUCCUUUAUGUCUCACUUCACGGAUUCAGUUAAGAAAUUGCUACCAUGUGAAGUAAUGUAUAAUUCUAUUUUAAUAUUAUUGAUUGUUAGAUGAUUAAGACUAUGAUAAGUAAUGAAAUUUAAGUAAUAAUUACUUGUUUUAGAUCAUAUUACAAGCCAUCAUGUUUUAAAGAUGCAAGAAAUUGUAAACUGACUUUAUGGUCCUUUACCAAGUUGCGCUCAAAAUCGACGCUGAGAAAGUUGAUAGGAUUUUUGGGAUAAUUGGUAUUAUUAAAAGCAGUCAUUCAUUCCUGUGUAAAAUUUUCAAAACUAAUAUUUAUUUCUGCCCUUUACUAUAUCAGAAAACAAAAUUAUUGAGGAUAAAUGAGAUACGAAAUAGACAUUACCAUUGCAUUGCAUUGCCCCGCUCGUUUCUUAUAUUACUUCCAUGGGCUUCAAGAUAAUUGUGGUCAAAGUUUUUUUUAUGCAAUGAUUUUUUAAACGGCUUACUUUUAUGAAGUUUUGGUUUAACGAUUCAAGAAUAUCUAAACCCCCUUUCGGAAUUCGACUAGAAGAAUUAGCAGUGACAGAAAUACUCCUUGAUUUCUCACAGCACAAGAAAUGUUUUCAUACAUGUGUUGUUUUGUUAUGCUCAUACAAAAAUUUUUCCCAAAAAAGGCAUAUAGGUAUGGACCACCCAUGCUUUGUCCUCUUUAUUCCUUUGGCAAACAGUCUCUGUAUAAAGCCAAAGUCUAUGGUUUUCAAUUUAUAUCUUAUGUUUUUCACUUGAAGGGAACUGCUUUACAUUACAUCUUGCUUGAUAUCACAAUGACACUACAAGUAGGAUCAGGUUUAGAAACAUUGAAUUCUGUAGAGGAAGCAUGAAAUUUCAAAAACAUUUCUACUGGGCCUUGUCAAAAAAGCCUCAUACUUAAAAUUUUUUGAUUUUGUGUUUUUCUUGACUUUAGGAAAACUAUACCUUAAAAAAGAAAAUGAAAAAUUACUGUUUACUAUGAGGGGGGGGUGGAAACUAUUCGAGGGGGAGACUCAUGAAAUGUAAAAUAAUGAUGAUCUAUUGUCAACGCUCACAUUCUCAACGUAUACGGAAGGGCUUUACUUUGGUAAUGGAAGUGUACAAAUCUGUCUUGAUAUUUUAAGUUUUUUUCUGUUAUAUUUCGUAAGUUUACAAAAAGCAUGGAACCAGCUAGCAACAAGUGUGACUUUAAAGAACCAGCAAGAGACCAGUGUCUAGAAAGUCGGCUUAUGUCAAAGCUUUUUGUUGUAGACAUUCUUUGGAUUGAAACAUGUUGAGACGAUCAGGAAAGUAAAAAAAAGGAGAAAAGAUUGCAUCUAUCAUAGAAACUGUUUAAUGUAAGGUUGACAAGUAUUGGAAUUUCUGUAAGGUCUGUUCAAUAUUCUGCUGCACUUGUGAUGACAAGAGCAUGGAAAUAACAUCACGUGAAAAGUUAUACGCGGAGUUAGGCUGAGAAUCGCUAAAUCUUUAGAGAUGGAGUUGACGCCUCACCUUUCUAAAUAAAUUUUCUAAAUAAUUCCGCACCUUUUGAUACUAGUGAACCAAUCCCAUCAGUUUACCAGUUUCUAUAUUCUCUUUGUAGGCAGGACGCAAUUGUGCAAAUGGGCGCAAGGACUACAUGAUUUCAGUCUACUUUCUAUCUAAAUUGCUUAUCAGGAUGGAAUAAGCUUGAUCCAGAAAUAAUACUUGAACCAUCUGUUACUGUUUUUAAAUUAAAACUGCUAUUCAUAAUACAUCCUCCUGCGAGAUCUGUUUUUGGCAUCUACGAACCAUUAGGAAUAUCUUAUAUUACACAACUUAGGGUUGGCCUUAGCAAAUUGAACCCUCACAAAUACAGACACAAUUAUAGGGAUACAAUUAACCCAAUGUGCUCAACAAGUGAUGGCAUUGAGGAUACUGAGCACUGUUUGUUGCACUGCCCCUCUUUUGACGAGGAACGAAGUGAUCUUCUGACAUAAAUCGAUCGUUUGUAUAGAUUGGAAUGAGGUUUUCUGGGUGUAACAUUGUCUGAUAGGAAUAAAAGGCUUCCAUAGUACUGCCUAAAUUGAAAACUGAAAAAACAAGACUACUUGGCGGAUCCCUUGAUAAAUUAUGACCAGAGUGGAAAUUUUCUAUCUCAGUUCAAAAAUUUUUCCAAAUUUUUCCACUGAAAUCUUUCGUAUCUGCCAUCUUCCUAUAUUAGCAUAGUAAAAAGCUCCUAAAUUAAAUGGGUUUUUAGGAGCUUUUUACUUUACGCUCAAAUUAUAAUUCCUAAAUAUAAUUCUAAUUCACCGAAACAUCAACUUGAUAUUCCUGAACAUA